AUGUCAUUACCAGAAGGAUACACAGUCAGAAGACUUCAAGAAUCAGAUUUCAAACGUGGAGUUCUUGAUGUUUUAACAGCUUUAACAACCGUUGGUGACCUUUCAGAAUUACAAUUCAAUAAUAUUGUUACUAAAUGGGAUUGUUUAACUUUAAUGAAUGGGAAACCAAUUUAUAACCCAGUUGUAAUCAUAAAUGAUCAAGAUCAAGUCGUAGCAACUGGUAUGAUUUUCAUUGAAGAAAAAUUAAUUCAUACAGGUGGUCUUGUUGGUCAUAUUGAAGAUAUUGCAGUUAGAAAUGAUCAACAGGGGAAAAAAUUAGGGAAAUUUUUAAUUGAAGAAUUGAAAACUAUUGGUCAAAAAGCUGGUGUUUAUAAAAUUAUAUUGGAUUGUGAUCCAAAAAAUGAAGGUUUUUAUGAAAAAUGUGGAUUUAAAAAUGCUGGUAUUGAAAUGCAAUAUAGAUUAUAA